UAAAACACUCUUUCUGCUGAUGUAAAUGAGAACAGACAAGCUUUGCUGGGAGUUAGUGAGAAGCAUUUCUACGGAUGGAGCGGAUCCCUCAGAGGACUUGCAGAAGAGCCAUGAUAGCCCUUGUCUGUUUGGUACUUGCGCCACUGAUACCAGGAGCCGAGGCGCAAACGUUAGAGUGCUACUCUUGCCUCGAUUAUAAUGACGGAAGCUGCUCACAGGACAAAGCGGCGAAGACCUCUUGUAAUCCGGAUCAAUACUGUACUGAGACCAACGCAACUCUAGAGACAAGUCAUAAUUACUCCUACCUGUUGGUGAAAGGCUGUGGCAACAGAAGCAUAGACGAUAUGUUGGAACAUGUCCCCUUCUAUGGGAUCAGCUUGCAUUUCCAUCUGUCACAGUGCAACAGUAGCCUGUGCAACAACCUCAACACGGAAAAGACUAUCUACCCAGAGAAGCCCACGCCUGAGCCUAACAAUGUGCAGUGCUACAGCUGUAUUGGGAACUCGGCCACGGAAUGUUCUUCAUCAAACGUUUCCAUUCUGAACUGCUAUGGCAAAUAUGGCUACUGUUUCGAUGGAAAUGUCAACUUAACUAUUGGUAACUAUACAGUGGUGAUACCAAUCAAGAGUUGCUCACUAAGACCUCGGUGCCCCAUCCAGACUUUUUCAUCUGACAAUCUAUCCCUUGAGAUUAAGGGUGCGUGCUGUGAAGGGAAUCUCUGCAACCAUGACCUCUCCAACAGGACCCAGUAUGUAGACUUGCCGCCCCUGGUUUUGCUCGAGGAUCUAACCAUCAAAGCAAACAGUUCUUCAAACAAUACAACAGUGUAAAUUCAGCUGGAGCAAACACAGGGGUGACCUCAAAGUCUAAAAUGAUUCUUGUUACAGACGCUACAAUAUCCUCACAUAUAAUAUAUAUAGGAAGGCCAAGCUAGCAAUGGAACAAGCUUGAUCAUUCGUCUCUUUAUAAUAUUCUUCUCUAUUCUGAUGACCAGUAAAGUUGCCUACAUUGUAUUCCUUCCUUAUGGAUGUAUGCACAGCUUUCUAUAGUGCUGACAAGGUUUGGGGUAUAAAGACAAUGUGGGGGUCCAUUAUGUACACAGUUGGGUUGCUAUACAACCUAUAGUUCUUCCACUAUUGUUCACCUAGAGCUGUCGUUGGGAGCUGGGACUUAUACUUCAACAACAACAGCUAAAGGCCAUAGAAUGGUCAACUACGACAUGAAGUUUUACUCUCAGCAUCUUGUGUUUCUGUUACCAAUUGGCCUUGCUGACUCCGCCUUACUCCAUUGUAGCCGUCACCUACAAAUCUUACUAAUAAAUUCUGUCACCACA